UCCACUGUCCUCCAUCCACUCUCAGUCUGCUGCUACAGCACGAAGAUGGCGACAGUCGGAGAGGGCGAGGAGCAGUCGUUCUCCUCGGACCACGGGGAGACGGACAAUACAAAAGAUUUUAAUAUGGAAAAUCUGAGCAAGCCAGAACUGCGGUUUCUUUUAAGUAUAUUAGAAGGAGAGUUGGAAGCAAGGGACCUCGUGAUAGAAGCCUUAAGGGCACGAAGAAAGGAAGCUUUUGUGCAAGAAAGAUAUGGAAGAUUUAAUCUUGGCGACCCUUUCCUUGCGCUUCAAAGGGACUGUGAAGCAGGUGCUUUUGAUAAGGAGAAGAAACCAAUUUGUAGUAACCCUCUUACUGUCUUAGAAGCUGUCAUGGCACACUGCAGGAAGAUGCAGGAGAGGAUGACGGCUCAGCUCGCAGCUGCCGAAAGAAGACAAAGAAAGCUGGAGUCAGAGAAAAGUCAGCUUCAAGCUAUAGAACAAGAGCACAAAAAGCUAUUGGCUCGUCUAGAGGAAGAACGUGCCAAAAAUAAACAUGUUGUACUAAUCCUAGUUAAAGAAUGUAAACUUUUGUCUAAUAAACUAGUGGAAGAAGCUCAAAAGUUUGACGAUGUAGUGUCAAAACUGGAAGUGGAAAAGAAGAAGAGUUCUGAACUAGAAGAGUCCCUAACUGCUGAAAAACAGACCAGGUCCCAAAUGGAAGCACAGAUGGAGGCUCAAGUUAAAAAACAACUUUCAGAAUUCGAUACUGAAAGAGAGCAUCUCCGUGCCAAGCUUUCGCAAGAAGAAGCGCACACCAAAGAACUUCAAGACGAAAUAGACAAGAUGAGGAAAAUGAUUGAACAACUGAAAUUGUCUAGAGAAGAAAAUAAUAAAGCAAAUCUAUCUCUUCUUCGCAAGACUAAAGAGAAGCACUCUCUGCCUGCAGGUCCCGGAUCACGUACUGUUUCUUGUCAGACAAAUACAUUGGUUGUCGAUGGUGACUCUGAAAGUAUAAAGAAAUCUCCAUUGACAAUACCAGCCAAGCCAUCCAUAGUUAAUCAUGUCAUAGCAGGCAGUGCAAAGGGGAAUGUUUGCACAAAUUCCGCAGUGGCAAAACCUGCUACAGAUAGACAUUUAGUCCAAAAUGAUUCAUCAACAGGUCUUCCUACGAACCAUGGAGUAUCUUUACAUUUUAGCCGGACGGAAGAGAAUGGCUGCUCAUCAGAACAGACGAGCAGCUCCUCUACACACCCUAACAUUCCAUUUUGCACCACACCAGCUUCCCCGAGCUACCUGUCUCAGUCUAUGCAGAGUUUACAUUUACCUAGCUCUAACACAACUGUCAAUUCAGGUCUCAGCCCUCGUAUCCAGGCUGCCAAGUUUAAGUUUCAGGCAAAUGCCAAUGAGCAUGACCAAAAUGGAAACACGACUCAAAAUCCUCAGACAAGAGAAUCGUCACCCAACAGCCGUGAAACGAUGGUUGCAAAACAAAUGGCUAGAAAUACUGUGACCCAAGUCCUUUCUAGGUUUACUAGUCCUCAGGGGAAUACACAACUGAGACCUGGGUUUUCCCAUGCAAUGGAAACCGGUACAUAUCCACCAGUUGCAGGACGAACUGGGCAUCCAUCGCUUGCACUUAAAUCGACUUCAGUUUCAAGAGUUGAUAGAGGAAAUCCUCCACCUAUUCCUCCAAAAAAGCCUGGGCUUUCCCAGACUCCAUCUAUACCACAUCAUCCAUUAAAGACACCGCCACACGUUGGGGUGAAAAGUGAGCAUAGACCCAUCACAUCUGCUCCUACAACUUCAACACAUGGAUUCAGGGUAAACGAGGAAACUGUAUCUAAGUCUUCACCUCAGCUGCCACCUAAACCAUCUAUAGAUAUACCUGUGGCAUCUGCAGGCUGUGUCAUACCAGCAAUAGGCACAUCACAGGUGGGUGCUUGGCCUUCCCAGUCCCCCGGAUGGACCGAACCUGCAUGUUCAGAAAGUUCCCUUGUCAUUCCCACAACCAUUGCCUGUAACUCCUCCAUACACCCUGUUAGUGCCUCAUCCUGUACACCAUGUGAUUCAGACAGCCUCCUGGUAACAGCAUCAGGCUGGUCACCCUCCUUAACUUCUUUAACAAGCGGUGGUCCUGUUCCCCUGGCAGACAGGUCCACCCUUCUUCACCAAGCUGCUGCCCAGGGAAACGUCACUUUAUUGUCAAUGCUGCUUAAUGAAGAAGGACUGGAUAUAAAUAACUUAUCUAAAGAUGGCCAUACUGCCUUGUAUUCUGCUGCUGCCAAUGGACAUACAGACUGUGUAAAGUUGCUGCUGACGUCAGGAGCACGAGUAGAUGCUACUGUUUCAAAUGGCUUUACUGCCUUAUGCACAGCAGCUGCUCAGGGACAUUUAAAAUGUGCAGAGGAAUUGCUUGCAUACAAUGCUGAUAUCAACAAUGUUGGUGGAGGACAAACCCCAUUAUAUAUGGCUUGUAAAAAUGGAAACUGUGAGACUGUUAAACUUUUACUGGACUCUGGUGGCAAUCGAAACAUUAUGACAAAUACUGGCUGGACACCAAUUCAUGCUGCAGCAGAUUCUGGAAAUACAGACUGUCUCAAGCUCCUCAUGUAUUAUGGAGGCCGAAGUCACUCUGAUUCCCAUAAGGAAUUUGAUGUGAGACUUUAUGAUUUAAAGAACAAGGACAGUAGUAAUCUGGAACCUGUCAUUUCUGCAGCACUGAUCAAUAGUGCAGACAGUGAGGGAUGGACAGCUGCGCAUCUUGCAGCAUCAAAAGGUUUUAAGGAUUGCUUAGAAAUCCUAUGCAGUCACUCUGGACUGGAGCCAGAAAAGAAAGAUAAGUGCAACCGGACAGUGCAUGAUGUGGCAACAGAUGACUGCAAACAGCUCCUGGAGAAUCUUAAUGGACUCAGGAUUCCUGUAAAGAUCUUUCUGGAUGAUAAUAUUCACAUAAGCGAUAGCCCAAAUGAUUUUGAGAGUGAUGCCAUCUGCUACCUGCGAAUUCUCAAACAAACAACGUGGGAUGAUUUUUCAGCAGCUGUGCGUCGGGCUGUAUUGUACCAUUUCAGUGUUAUUAUGUCAGAUGGAUGGGAAAGCCAAGAAGCCUUGACAUUUAAUAACUCUGCAGAAUCUAACCUUGGACUUGGCGCAAUCUCUGACCUGUCAUUCAAGCUAGGAAACACUACCUGGUCUGUUGGUCAGAUCUUCCUCCAGUCACCAUGGGAGUUCCUCAGAAUGAGCAUGGUGGAUCAAAUAACGGUUUUCAUGCCAGGUCCAAAGGUUGGAUGUCUUAAUAGUGUGGCUUAUGCAUCAAUGAUCCCACUCCAGACACUGCAAAAUUUCCUCCGUUUGGUUGAACAGUAUCACAAUAUUAUCUUCCAAGGUCCAGAAGGAAGCCUUCAGGAGUACAUAGUGAAUCAGCUAUCCUGCUGCAUCAAGCACAAAGAAGAGGCGACUGGAUUUAGCUGUGAUAUUGUAAAGGUUGAGGUGGAGUCUGAGUUAUCGAAACAGCAACUCGUAGACAUAUUCAUCAAUUCGGGCUGCCUGAUUCCAGUUACUGACACCCCUCCAUCAAAGAAGAAAACCAUUAUUGUUCUGGAAAAGUUGGAGAAGGUCUCCAUGUUGGAGUUGCUUGGAGACUUAAUGUCUUCAUUAGAAAAUCGAGGCUUGGAAAAUCCAUUCUGUGUUCAGAGAGCAAACGGCGUGUCCGAGGCAUAUUACUUCCAUGAAGAUUGCUUUUUGAUGGGUACAGUGGGAAGAUCGCGUCUACAAGGAUCUGAACUACUAGUUCAGCAGCAUUUCCGUUGGGUUCAGCUGAGGUGGGAUGGAGAGCCAAUGCACAAUUUACUCCAGAAGGUUUUGAAGAGGAAGGUUUUACUGAAGUUCAAAGGUAAAAUGCCUUUACCCAGUGAGCCUUUAUGUAGAGGCACAGACUGGAUAUACACUGUUUGGCACCAGCUGAACUCCUGCUUAUCCCGCUUAGGCACACCAGAGGCCCUUAUUGGACCACAGCUAUUUAUGUCUUGUCCAAUAGUACCUGGAAAUCUUCAUGUAAUGGUGAAGUGGAUGUCAAAAUUGUGGAAUGCAGUGAUAGUUCCAAAAGUCCAGGAAGCAAUUCUAUCCAUUGCCACAUCAAAAAGGCCCUCUGUUCUCGGACGUGUUACAGCUACGAAAACUCCAAGCCAAGGUCAACAGGCGAUUGUUAAGGCUGCACUCAGCAUUCUGCUUAAUAAAGCUAUUCUGCAUGGAUGCCCAAUUCCAAAAAAUGAUAUAGAACAAUAUAUGGCAGAUUUUAAAGGAGGAAGUUUUACUUUAUCAAUGAGCUCCACUUAUAAGUGUGGAGGAAAGAAGAAAGGAGAAAAUGGAGCCUGGAGAAAAGUCAGUACAAGCCCUCGUAAAAAGUCUAACCUGAAUGCCUCAUGGAGCUCUACAGAAGAGAGAAGAAAAGGGGACUCAUCAAGGAACGAAACAGAGAAUAGGAGCAAUUCUUUACGGAACCAAAAGAAAUCUCUGGGUGGUGAUCAUCCUAGAUCUCUCCACAUGGAGCAGAGGCUGUCAACCAGUUCUGAUGAUGAGACUGAUCUUGUGAAAGAAUUGCGCUCAAUGUGUUCCAGCAAGUCAGAACCAGACAUUACCAAGAUUGCAGACCUGGAUAACUGUCUAGUGAUUUUUAAAAAUCCCUCAAAUGACCAGAGUUCAACAACAGUUAACAAACAGUGCUAUCAAAAGCCACAUAAAAAUGGAACUUGUCCUCUCAGCAACAGUCAGAUGUCAGACUACAGUGACCCGAAGCCAAAACUAGAACCUGGCAGUACAAAAGUCAAAUCUUUGCUUCCUAUACCAAGAAGUAACAGAAGAAGCAGCAGUAAUACAAGGCAAAUUGCCCAUUCUAAAGACUCGAAAUAGGAAUUCUGAAACCGGCUAACAGAAAUUAAUGCGUCUAUUUAACUUAUGAUGUGCAGAAGCAACCUGAAAUAUAUUGCAUGGUUGUAAUUAGGGAUGAGCGAAUCGACUUCGGAUGAAACAUUCAAAGUCGAUUCGCAUAAAACUUUGUUAGAAUACUGUACAGGGCGAGUGCUCCGUACAGUAUUAGAAUGCAUUGAUUCAGAUGAGCCAAAGUUUUUACUUUGCGAAGUCUCGUGAGACUUUGGGUAAUAACUUCAGAAUUCAAUUUCUACGGUUAAAAAUCUUUUACCAAACUCUGUUUUGGUUCUGGAACUGAUCCCGAGUUUGGUAAAAGGUUUUUAACAGUAGAAAUUAAUUUCUAAAGUUAUUACCCAAAGUCUCGCGAGACUUCGCAAAGUAAAAACUUUGGCUCAUCUGAACCGAUACAUUAUAAUACUGUACGGAGCGCUCACUCCAUACAGUAUUCUAACAAAGUUUUAUGCAAAUAUUCGCUCUUCCCUAGUUGCAAUAUAUUGAAGUCUUGCCUAGCUAUAACCAGAUCACUAUUUCUUGUAUAAACUAAUAGGAUUGAUGUACAUAAUACACACUUCCCACCCCUGUAUUAUAGAUUGUAAAUGGGACCCAGAUAUAUGUAUAUAAGUUUCUAAUGUGUUGAUGUGAGUUGUUUCAGUGGCAUAUUCAAGUGUUGGGAAGCUCGACUAUUUCAUAAACUGAUUAUUAUUGUUAAUCUUAUUUUUUAAGAAAUGAACAAAAGGAUUGUUUUGCCAAAUGUAUAAAGUGUUUAUGACCAAGGUAUUACAAUAGACCACAUGCAGAGGAACCUGGUUCCUGUGUUGUAUUAUGCACCGUUCUGCUUCACCUGAAAUCUACAUUUCCAUCUAUAUCUAUUUUUAAUAUUGACUUUCAGAACUCAUAAACAAACCUAAGGCAGCGCGGCAAUAACUACACCCACUGAUUUUAUCAAUGCACCUUUUGACACAAGCCAUAGACAAAAUGUGGACUGUUUAUUUUAUUCAGCCUGAAGAUCACACUUUGCAUCGUGUGUAGAACAUAUAUUGCUGUUUAUUUUGUUUUUGCUUGCUCCUUUUACAUUGUUGCUUUAUUACUUCUGUAGAAAAAAAUAAUUCUUAUUGCAAUAAACUCAGUUUCCUGUCUUGUAGUGUUUGUAGUCCAAAAAUGUAGUAAGUAGAUCGGCUAUGCCUUGUACUGAAUCAUAAGGUGCAA